CUCACAAAAACCUUAGAGGAGAGCAAGAAGUUGUUUACUAAAUCUGAGGAUCGAGAAAAGAAAAACUGAAGUGGCAAAACAAUGUUUUUCAAGUACUUGCUGUUUUUUCUUAUCCUUAGCAGAAUUGUUGCAUCAUCACAACAAGAAGAUGUUGGUUUCACAUACAAUGGCUUUCGAGGAGUUAACAUGAGCUUGGAUGGCUUAGCACAGAUUACACAGAAUGGCCUCCUAAUGUUGGCAAACACCACAAAGAGGGAGGUGGGUCAUGCCUUCUAUCCCCAACCGGUUUCCUUCCUGAAUAAAUCCAGUGGUAAUGUUCUCUCCUCCUUCUCUACCACUUUUGUGUUCGCUAUGUUUUCUGAGUUAGCAAUAGCAGGAGGUCCUGGAAUUGUGUUGGUGAUCUCAUCCUCAAAAAAAUUCCCUGGUGCUUUCCCAAGCAGUUAUUUUGGUCUAUUCAACACUACUAACACUGGUAAAUCAUCCAACCAUGUAAUUGGAGUUGAAUUGGAUACCACUCAAAACAAAGAAUUUAAUGAUAUCAAUGAUAACCAUGUUGGUAUUAAUAUUAAUGGUUUGAUAUCUCUUAAAUCUGCUCCAGCAUCUUAUUUUAGUGAUGAAGAGAAUCAGUUUGUGAACCUGAGCCUCAGAAGUGGAAACCCAAUGCAACUCUGGGUGGAAUAUGAUGGUACAGAGAAGCAAUUUAAUGUGACUUUAGCUCCAAUUUCCAUCCCUAAACCUAAAAUCCCACUCUUGUCUUUGAUCAUUGAUCUGUCUCAGACAAUAAUGGAUCCUAUGUUUGUGGGGUUCUCAUCAUCUACUUCUGCUUUAGAUGUAUAUCAUUUUGUACUGGGUUGGAGUUUUAAGAUGAAUGGAAAAGCAAAAGAACUCUCUCUCUCACAACUUCCUAAGCUUCCUCGAAUGGGAAUGGGAUCUAAAACAAAAUCAAGAACUUUAGUAGACAUUGGAUUUCCUGUGAUCUGUGUUAGUUUAGUGUUACUGUCAAUCUUUAUAAUCCAAUUUAUUGUAAGAAGGAAGAAGAAGUUUGCAGAAGUUAUUGAAGAUUGGGAACUUGAAUAUGGUCCUCAAAGGUUCAAAUAUAAAGAUCUCUACAUUGCAACCAAAGGAUUUAAUGAGAAGCAGCUUCUUGGUAUAGGUGGUUUUGGUAAGGUCUACAAAGGUAUAUUAUUACCCAAUUCAAAGGAAAUUGCAGUGAAGAGAGUAUCACAUGAUUCAAGACAAGGAGUGAGGGAAUUCAUUGCUGAGAUUGUUAGCAUUGGAAAACUGCAUCAUCGAAAUAUUGUAACACUCUUGGGUUAUUGCCGACGUAAAGGAGAGCUUUUUCUAGUGUAUGAUUUCAUGGCUAACGGGAGUUUAGACAAAUUCAUCUUUGAAAAUCAAUCUUCUUCUAGAAUGAAUAAUAAUAAAACAUUGAGUUGGAAUCAAAGAUUUCAUAUAGUUAAAGGCGUGGCAUCCGCGUUACUGUAUCUUCACCAAGAAUGGGAACAAGUUGUGGUUCACAGAGAUGUAAAGUCUAGUAAUGUAAUGUUAGAUGAGGAGCUAAACGGAAAACUUGGAGAUUUUGGGCUUGCAAGAUUGUAUGAUCAUGGUGGUGGUGAUCCUAAAUCUACUCAUGUGGUAGGGACAUUUGGUUAUCUUGCACCUGAACUUUCUACAACAAGGAAAGUAAACCCUAGUAUUGAUGUGUUCGCGUUUGGGGUUUUUUUACUUGAAGUUGCUUGUGGUAGGAGACCAAUAGAGCCACAAGCAUCAGAAGAGUGUCUUGUGUUGGUAGAUUGGGUGAUCUCAAGUUGGUGUAAAGGUUUGAUUCUUGAAACUGUGGAUCCCAAAUUGGAAAUGAAUUAUGAAGUGGAAGAAAUGGAAUUGGUGUUAAAACUUGGGUUGUUUUGCACCCACUCAAUUCCAACUGCAAGGCCAAGUAUGCAACAAGUUGUGCGGUAUUUGGAAGGAGAGGUUCCACUACCAGAGUUGCUGCCAUCUCUGAGUCAGAGCCAUUCUAUGCCUUUAGAAGGUACCGGCGGUGGUGAUUUCUCUAUUUGGUGUCCUUAUCUUGGGAGUUCAACGAGUCCAUCAUCAUCGAUUGCAGAUUCUCUACUCUCAGGAGGACGUUGA